GGAUGUAGGUGACUUUAAAACAGAACCGUGUCUUUUUCUGUCAAGAGAUUUCGGAUAAAUCUACCUCGCGGCAGGAAACGCAGAUGAGGGCAGCAACAUCGAACUCCUUCAUUCACCGAAUGCCACCUAUCAGAGGAAAUAAAUUUUUCAUGCUCUCAUUUUUUUUGCAUGAGAAAUAGAAUAACCAAUAAUUAAAUUGUAUAUGUAUAGAAUAUAGAAUGUAUCGACUUUUCUUUUGCAUAAUGACAGAUUUUGUGAUUGACAGGUUUUCGUGUCGCAGAAAUACUGUCCUUUCAAGUCGACGGAUGGAGCAGUGGGCCGACCAGAGCCCGGAAUAGAUCAUAUAGAAUUAAAUGCAUAAGAUUAAAGAAAGAGAACGAUCAGCGACAAUUAGCGAUAACAUCACAUACACAGACCCAUAUAAUGAUAUUCCAAUGUAAUAAAAGUGGGAUAAUGAAGAUCAUUGGUUGCAACGUUUACUCUUUAUCACGUAUAUGAACAGGGUGUGAGAAGAAUAAAAGUUUAGAAUCAAAUAAACACUAACGCCAAUCUUAGCAAUAAUAAACAUUAAGAGAGGGGAAAAAAUAGCCUUGAAAUAUAUGUAAUUAAUUUAUAUACACAUUCACAGCCAUAGAUAAGGAUUCGGCGGAAUAUUCUGCGCUGUAUAUAUAUCAAUGUAAAAUACGUUGAUGAAAACAAAGUUAAGGUUUUAUGGAGAUGUUAAAGACGAUUAACAAUUGAAUAUUAGAUAUUUUAUUAUUACCUAAGCUGGAGAAGUGCAUACGCUAAACGGAUUCCAGCGAUGAUGAGGAUUAGAGAAUGAUACAAAUUGUUCAGAAUCUGUCGUAGUUCCGGCAUUGCAUAUGAGGAGUCAGGAGCAAUUUGAGAAAAAUGACAAAGAAGGGGGCCUUCACAAGGGAUCCAUUCUUGCCUGAAUUAAAAGCAUCAAGAAGCGGAACGAAUUACCCGAAUCUUCGUUCUCAGCGUCACCAACUCUGUUCAACGAUAUUUGUCAUUGAACUAAUAUUUCCUACUGCGGGAUCUCCGGUUUCUGAACGGGUGGAUUACAUGGCAUCACUCAACGGGCAAUAGAAACUACAUCGUUAACACCAAACACACAAGUUUUGUGAACUAAUAUUAAUUAUACUUAAACGAAUAAAAGAAAUUUGACCAUAUUGCAGACAGAGCUAUUUUGGAAUUUACUACCGCUAUCUAUGACGUAUGCACUGGUCUUUUACAAUGAAAUGUUAUUAUAAAACCCAAAGAACUAACUGGAAUUGAAUACACAUUUUGUAAUACUUAUUUGGAUCUCACAUAUCCUUCAGCUGUUUCUUAUGCACAUGUAAAGACUCAGAUUUACAGUAGAUACAAAAGGAUUUGGAUGUGAUGGUGUUUAUUCCUGUCCCAAGCAGUCAAGUUAUUACUUAAUCCCUGAAUCUGUAUUCUCUGUAGCUGACUGUUACAGCUCUACACCUUUACUUAUUUUAUUGCAUUCUCGCCUUAACUUGACAUUUUCUAUUCCCUAAAUAAAAAAAGAAACUCAGUUAACAAAACCCAUAUCGUUACUUGAAUUUAUAGUAAUUGCAAACUAAGAUACAUGUUUCUCGAUAAAAAAAAGUGUACUAAUUUACUGUGACCUAUAAUUCUAACUGUACUUUACAAAAGACAUUUUGUUCAUAAUUUUGGACGAACACAUUUUAUUCUGUGCAAAGCACACUUGAGAAAACAAACAUCUGUUAUAUAAUUAAUUAAUUUCAGAGAAGACAAUAACGCAACCUAAUCAAAGGUAUAGAUUAUUGAAAUACAACACUUGUUUGAUAAUGUAUGUUAGAUUUCUCAUCGAUUAACAUAAUUUCAGGUUCUAAACGUCAAUCGAGUCUGCAAAACCUGAAGUUCAAGAAAAAUGUCGAGGUUUAUCAGAUGGUUUAAGCAUUACACUUCAUGUCGAUGGAAAUUAUGUUACGCUUGUACUGUUUCUUUUCUUCUCAUGCAAACAUUAAGAGUUGAUCUAAGUAUGGCUUUUGUUUGUAUGUUGAAACCACUCAAUCGUACAACUGAGGAAGUUAACAUUACUGCAAACAACCAAGAGUGUUCUGCUGCUUUAGACAAUCAUUCUAUGAAUCAAAACUAUGAAGGAGAGUUCGAAUGGAGCGAUACUCUACAAUCGAAUAUGUUGGCAGGGUACUUCUAUGGAUAUAUAGCAACUAAUAUUUUAGGUGGUGUAUUGGCAGAUAAAUAUGGUGGGAAAAGAGUUCUUGGAGGUUCACUUCUUUUAGCAUCAAUUUUGACCAUCCUUCACCCAAGUUUAUCUCGAAUUAGUGGUUACUUUACACUUUUUCUAAGGAUAUUAACUGGUAUGGCAUCGUCAGCGGUGGCCCCAUCAAUUCAGUCCUUAUUUGGACGUUGGGGCCCUCCAAACGAAAUUAGUUCUUUGAUUGGGUUUUCAUUUGCUGGUCAAUUUAUAGGUAGUAUUGUAGGUCUAUCAAUAUCUGGUUUUCUUUGUGUGUAUGGAUUUGAUAAUGGAUGGGGUUCUAUAUUUUAUAUAUUUGGUGGAAUAUCGUUGGUAUUUAGCUGUGUAUGGUUUUACAUUGUUUAUGAUAAUCCAGACGUCCAUCCCACUAUCAGCGAAGAAGAACGUUCUUACUUAAAUAGGACUAUAGUAAGUGAAAACGUAGUCAAGAAUUUGCCUUGGCGACGACUGAUUUUUUCACCUGCCGUAUGGGCUAUUAAUUUUGGUAUGUUUUCUUAUGGCUGGACCGAUAUAUCUUUCCAAGUAUUGCUCCCUCUAUAUAUGAAAAAAGCCUUAAACGUUAAUACAACAGCGAACGGUUUAUUGUCGUCUGUUCCUUCCAUUGGACAAAUCAUUGCUCUACCGUUGUGUGGAAAAUGUGCAGAUUUUAUACGUUCGAAGAAAUAUCUGUCAACUCGUUCCGUACGAGUUUUAUUCCAAACAUUUUCUAUGGUGGCUUCAGCAUGUCUGCUGAUUGCCAUAGGAUUCCUUAGAUGUGACCAAACCAUUCUAAUAACACUACUUUUGUUUCUCAGUGGUAUAACUAUAUCAUUUACCAGUGGUGGUGCCCUCAUCAAUAACAAUGACAUUGCUCCAAGUUAUGCUGGUAUUGUAUUUGGAUUUGCUAACACGUUCACAUCAAUAGCCGGCUGCAUUAGCACCGUAUCUACUAACGCUCUUACACCAAACGGCACACAAAAAGAAUGGCAGAUCACGUUCGCCUUGUACGCUGCUAUUUGUGUAUUUGGUGCAAUAUUUUUUGCAAUAUUGGCAAAAGGAGAGAUCCAAUAUUGGACAGCUUCAGAAGUACCUGGCUCAUCUGUGCAUCCUAGCAAUAGGAGUACAAAAGGAUGAGGUUACGUCUACUAAUUCAAGCCCGUCUUGCUACUACCAAAUAAAAGAAAGUGACUUCCUGAAAUAUGUCUAAAGGAAUCAAACCGACCCCCAUCCCUCACAAAAGUCCAGAAAUGUCUUUUUACACUUACAAAAAUAUCAAGAACGAUUUUCUUAUUUUGGUAACUAUUCCGUGCACAGAAAUAAUCAUAACAUUGGAAAAUUCACAGACUGUAAUCCAGAAUAUGAACACAUAAAACCCCCCCCACUUCUUUCAGAAAAAAAAACGACAAAAAAUAUCAAGAACUACAAGAACAAUAAUGGUGAUAAAAUGCCUUCUUUUAUUCUUGUCAUUUGGAUUUUUUAAAAGCAAACAUUGAAAACAUUUGACAUAGACAUUGUGUUGGAAAGUAGAACAAAAAGGAUUUAUACUGUUUCUAGUGUAGUGAAAAAAAAAAUGGUAAUUUUUGGGACAGAGGAUAAUCGGUACCAUCAAAUUUAUAACUAGUUGGGUACUUUAUUUUAUCGCUCCCGAAAGGAAGAAAGGCAAAUUCGAACUCAGAACAUAAAAUGUCGGAGAAAAGUUCACAAAUAAUUUUUAUCGACGCUUUAAUGAUUCUGCAUUCCUCUCCUCGUUUUCAUAUGACAUCGUUUUGGCUAUCUCUCAAAUUGUGAGGUCAGUUUCAAUUUACAAUUACAAUACAUUUCGGAAAGCAGAGAACUAUUCCGAACAUGUUAUACUAUAAAUAACUGAACAUGAAGAAAAUAUAUGAACCACGCACACACUAAAUCGAUAAUUAUAUAAAAACAAAAGAAUUAAAAGCAAUCGUUUCAAAUAUGUACUAAACAAAUUGGGAAACCUACAUACACACACACACACACGCGCGCGUGGGUGGUAACAUCAUAGGGAAGUUGGGCGUAAAUGUUGUAAAGUCAUUUUUAAACAAAAUAAAUAUAAACAAAAAACCGAUAAA